CAUCCUAUUCCUAUAUAUACAUAUACUUCCCCCUCUUCUCUCUUCAACACCACCUGCGGGAAGAAAAGAACAGAGAGCAUUCUCAGUUUCUGGUUAUGUUCUUCUUCCAUUUUCAGACACAAGAUCAAGAUCACAAGUAAUAACAGAGAGACAAUGAGUUCUAGGGCUCUUCAGGCUCUCAUCUUCAUCGGUCUCUUGGCGACGUCCUGUCUCGCUCAGGCUCCGGCGCCGGCACCCACCGUGGCUCUCCCGCCGGCAGCCACUCCUCCGACAACGACUGCUCCAUCUCCGGCGUCCAUACCACCGGCUCCAGUGAACGAGCCAACUCCUCCUCCGGCCACUCCUCCCACCCCAUCGUCCCCGUCCCCUUCGCCGUCGUCGUCUCCAGUGGCUUCUCCACCGAAGCUGGAAUCUCCGGUGGGAGGACCCUCCGGAGCUCCGGCACCGGGACCAGAAUCCGAUGCUUCGCCGCCGCAGUCGGACGACGCGUGGGCUAACAAGGCUUUCUUUGUUGGCACCGCCAUUGCCGGAGCCUUGUACGCCGUCGUUUUGGCUUAGAGAAUUCGAUAUUGUCGUGCAUGGUCUAUAUAUAUAUAUAAGAGAGAGAGAGCAAUGAGGAUGCCCUCGUUUCUCUAUCACAGUUCAUCGAGAUUUAUUCCUUCUUACUGUUAAUUUCAUACUUUUAUUUUAUAUUUAUACAUUUAUUUCACAUUUCAUACGUUU